GUGAUGAUGAUGGUAGAGGUGAUGAUGAUGGUAGUGGUGAUGAUGAUGGUAGUGGUGAUGAUGAUGGUAGAGGUGAUGAUGAUGGUAGAGGUGAUGAUGAUGGUAGUGGUGAUGAUGAUGGUAGUGGUGAUGGUGAUGAUAGUGGUGAUGGUAGUGGUGAUGAUGAUGGUAGAGGUGAUGAUGAUGGUAGAGGUGAUGAUGAUGGUAGUGGUGAUGAUGAUGGUAGUGGUGAUGAUGGUAAUGGUGACGGUAGUGGUGGUGAUUUGAUGACAGUGGUUUUAACAAUAUAAUUUUCAAUAUUUUUAGAUGAAUCAGAGGACAAUGAUCAAUCGUUUGUCAUAGCUAUUGUCAUCCUCGCAAUAACAGUUGCUAUCCUGCUGAUCAUCAUUGCCUAUUUUGUCAACCAUCUUAAACUCUUAAAAAGAAAACUGAAUGAAACCAAAAAAGUAGAUACAGUAACCUUGAAACGCAUCGCAAAUGAGGGUGGGUUAUACGAGAACCAGCAGGAAUUGAACGCUGCCAACAAGGUUACUAAUGAACACAAUGUAUCAGUGGAGGACGAAAAUGAAGCAUACACAUCCCUGCGCAGGAAUCUGAAUGAGGAAGAGGAUAAUUUUUAUGCACCACUAAGAGAAGCACCCCUUUAUGUCAAUGCAAGUGAAUUUAAGAACACAGCAUAA